CUUCCACCGGCCACCGCCCCAGCCGGUCAGACUCCGCACGUGCCUAGCCCCGCCACACGUGCCGAACCCACCCAUACAACACCCUCCUUUCCGUGGUGCAACUAAUAAAAAGCGAGACAGGAACACAGAGCAGCAAAGCAUAUAUGGAGAGAGAAAAAAAAGUGUGUUUGGGUGGUGGGUGUGUUGAAUAGAGAGUUUCAUGAAUAAAAAUCAUGUUUUUUUCUUCUUGGUCUUUGAGACCAUGAAGUAGAGGUAGUAGUAGUAGAUGAGUGUGUAGAGUUCACCCACCCUUUUUGAAUUUUUUUUUUUCUUUUUCAUAUGUGUUAUUUUGUGUCCAGACCUUAUUUUCUCCGAAAUCCGAACCGAGAUCGUUUCUUGGGUGUGUAAGUUUCAAAAUUCAAAGAGUUUGAGGGGGUGAAUCUGGUGAGAAAGAAGGAGUCCAAUCUUGCACCUAUGAGGAUCCGUAAUAGGCAAAAGCCUUUCCCUCUCUUGCCGGUGACUCACUCAGAUCCCAACCUGAUCAACCGGUCACCGGUCAUGGUGCAACUCAACGGUGCUACCACCACAGCCACACCCAAACCUUCUUGCACUCAUGGUUCGGCCACUGCACCCUCACGCCUCUUGGAUCGUCCUCAGCCGUUUGAUCCACCGAUCGGGAAUCCCAUCAACGGUUCUGAUGCGUCCACCGGAGAAGCUGGCAGGCAGCACAAGAAGCAAGAGUCUUUGGUGGAAGAUGGGAGAAGGGAAGAAGAGGGAAGGGGACAGAAGGGUAAUGAUACCAGGAAAGGAAGCUUCUCGUGCUCACAACAAACUCCAGCUGAGACAUUUCCAUCUUCAAACCCUCCUAAAGAAGAUGGUGGAUGGUGCGAGGGAGAAAAAGCUUUUCCUCUCAAGAAACGAAGAGGGAGAAUGGAGAAUGCAAUGGAGGAUAACAAUAAUGACAACAAUGAUAAUGAUCACGAUAAGAGGAGUUUAAAGAUGAAGAUGAAGACGAAGAUAAAGGCAAAGAUGAACAAAAAAUGUUCGCGGCAAGAUGAAGGAGAAGAAGAAGAGGAAGAGGAGGAGGAGGAGUCGAAAAGAGAGAUGAAACCGGAAGCGAACGUUGGCAAGAAGAGGGCGAGGGGUGGUGCACUAAUGGAAGGUUCAAGGUGCAGUCGUGUUAAUGGAAGAGGAUGGAGGUGUCUUCAACAAACCUUGGUUGGUUACUCUCUCUGCGAGCACCACUUGGGGAAGGGAAGGUUGAGGAGCAUGACAAGUGUGAGGAACAAGUCCAUUGGCACAACAACAACAACAACCACUGGUGCAACAAAGAACAACAACAACAACAUGGUACAACUCGAAUCUUCAUCAUCAUCAGUCAAGCAAAGAACAAAGGGCGGCAAUGAUGCUGAAAACAAUGAUGAGAAGAAGCCAUUGAUGGUCACAAAGAAGAGGAUGAAGCUUGGAAUGGUGAAAGCUCGAUCUAUAAGCAGCUUGCUGGGACAAACCAACAACACUGAAAUUGUGGCCGUAGCUGUGGAUCAUGAUCAUGAUCAUGAUAAUGAUAUUGAUAACAAGUAAGGCGAAGAAACUAAGUGCACAAAAAUUGCUAUUAUUUCAUGUAUAUCUGUGGUUGAAAAUUAUUUUAAUUAUGGACCUUGUCUUAUAUACCUACCUAUACAUUGGUGCAACUUCUUCCUAACAAUUAAACUUGCAUGGAUGCUGGUUUGAUAUUCCUGAUUUAA